UCUCCGAGGAUCAGAGAGAGAACAGUGACAUCGUGUCGAAGAAGAAGAACAUAUAUUACUACAAUCUCUAAAAUCAGAUCUGCUCUGUUUUGUCAGUCUCUAAGCUGGUCAGAUCGAAGUGAAACUUCCCAAUUCCCCUCAGAUUCCUAAAGCUCGUCUCUUUCGUUUUCUCUGAGAUAAUUUGGGUAAAUCAAGAGGACAAGUGACGCAAUGGAUGCCUUUAGAAGACAAGCGAGUAAGCUCAGGGAUCAAGUGGCUAAGCAGCAACUGGCUGUGAUCAAGCAAUUCAGUGGAACUGGAUACGAAAGCUCAGAUGUAAUGGUGAUUGAUGAGCUUGAAAUGCAAAGGCAUCAUCAGCUCGAUAAACUUUACCGGUCUACUCGUUCCGCAAAGGAGUUCCAGAGAGAGAUAGUUAAAGCAGCUGAGGCAUUUACUUCCAUUGGGCUCAGACACAUCGAAGCAGGAACCAAGUUGGCUGAAGACUGCUGCAGAUAUGGAAACGAAAAUAGUCAGAACAUCGAUGAGAAUAUUCUAGCUAAGGCUGCAGCUAUAUACGGUGAUGCUCGGAAACAUGUAGAGAAAGAACAAGAAGACUUUAACAAGCUUUUGUCUUCUCAGGUAUUGGAUCCUCUUAGAGCCAUGGUUGCCGGUUCUCCUCUUGAAGAUGCUCGUCAUCUUGCUCAACGUUACAGCCGCAUGAGACAAGAAGCGGAGACACAUGCAACGGAAGUCUCUAGAAGGCAAGCGCGUGUAAGAGAAGCUCCGAUUCCAGAAAACGUGGCAAAGCUUCAACUAGCGGAAGCGAAGAUGCAAGAGCUAAAAGCAAACAUGGCGGUUCUCGGUAAAGAAGCAACUGCUGCAUUGGCUGCUGUUGAAUCACAACAACAUAGACUUACUUUCCAGAGGCUUGUUGCUAUGGUCGAAGGAGAGAAGAAUUAUCACUUAAGAAUAGCAGCUGUCCUCAGUGACAUUGAAGCCGAGAUGGUAACCGAGAAACAACACAAAGAAUCUGCUCCUCCUGCGAUUCCAACAGAGAAUGGCUCAGAGAAAACAUCAUACUUUCUAGCUGAAGUGAUUCAUCCAUUUUCCGCUGCUUCUGAGAAAGAACUAGACUUGGACAAAGGAGAUUACGUCGUUGUGCGAAAGGUGAGCCAAACCGGUUGGGCUGAAGGAGAAUGCAAAGGCAGAGCUGGUUGGUUUCCUAUGGCUUACAUUGAAAAGCGACAGAGACUUCCCACUAGCAACUUUGCUGCUGAAGUGUACUGAGUUUCUUCAAAGACAUCAUUUUUUUUUUCAUUCGUCUCAAAUUACUGUGUUAUGUUAUGCCAUUUCCCCAAGAUUACUACUCUUGUUAAUAUUUGUUGAUCCAAAAUAGCGUUUACCUCCAAAAGAUCUUUAUU